AUGGAGGCGGGAAUGGACAUUUCCGCCGACCCGUGCGAGGACUUCUGGACGUUUGCCACUGGAAAAAUCGAUAAAAAGAAGCUGGCGGACCAACAUUUGCUGGAGGCUGAUGCUGUUUUGGCGGCUAGCAACCGGAGCAAGGUAAGAUUUUGGUGAAUAAUCAAUCAGACAUACAUACCAUAAAUGACACUAUACAGGGUGCGCCAAUAAAAUCUGGACUAAUAUUUUUGCUUGCCCUGCGGGCUGUAACAGUACGAGAACAAAGUGGGCGAUUGUGGACACGUGUAAUACGUCCAAGAAGCUAUCUUUAAAGUUUCAGACAAAAUAAUCGUCUACGACACUUGUUUUGCCAUUAUAAGUGCUUACAACUAAGGCGCCUGAAACACGGACCCCAAAUUGGUCAAAAAAUGGUUGCGCUAUUUUUACCGUUUUAUGCUAUGGGCUGAAAUUUACUUUUUCUGAUAGAGCUCUGGUCGGUUUUCAUACACUGAAAUUGAUUUUGCCUCAUUAUGACAAUUAGGCUUUUUACAGCUCGCCAAAGUUGGCUUAAAAACGGGCCCUUUUUCCCGCAAACUUCCGUUAAAUCAAAGAUUUUUAUGUAGAAGUUUCCCUGUGUGAUUCCAAACAUGUUAAGCACCAGAACUACUUUUGCAAGGAUAACCAGAGUCAGCCUAGUCGCCUUUCAAGAAGGAUUUUUCUACCUGCUGCCUCUGGGGAUGAAAUAGUGGCUGUAGGGGCAUAAUUUACUAUAUCCUCGCUAUUCGAGUGAGCUUGGACUAGAUAUUUCUAAAAGUGAUUUGGCUACAUCAGCUUGUAUCCAGUAUACAACUCUAUGUUGAUUUUUACGCUCAAGGCCUUUCAUACUUGUUGCAAACUGCCAAAACGUUUCAAGUUCCGAAUGGCCGUGCCUUGAAUUCCCCCCCCCCCAUGCACUUUUAUUUAUGCAAAAACGGUCCCCUUGUAUGUGCGGAUUUUCUUUUCACUAUAACAAUUGGCUAUGUAUACACUCUGUAAUCACGGAAUUUUGGAGAAAAACGAGCUAUAAUCUGGCGUUGAGGUCCUUAAAAACACAAAAAUCCAAAUUUUUGGGUAUUUUUUUGUUUCCGCCACCAGCGCCGCCAGAUCGGCCGCCAACCCUGGUUCCGUAGGCUGUUGCAAAGAGAACAGCACGUACUUUAUAUACAAUAAAUUUGAAGAACGUCAGUGACUAUUAGCAGAAAUAAUGGAAGAAUUAAUAUCCCAGUCAUCAUCUGGAAAAAAAAUUUCUGCACCUCCAAAAAGUUUCGUUUAUUUUUUCGGUCUUGCAAUAGGCAUCGACCUGAUCAUUACCGUUGCUGUAUAGCACGUUUGUUACCCUUCCUAAAAGAGCUAAAAGUUUCCGUUCUAAGGCCAUCCGAAAAAGGCUAUAUGGCAUUUAGUUUUGUCCAGAUUUUAUUGGCGCACCCUGUAUAUCCACAGGACGGCCAGUCUCUUCAAGAAAUCAAUUUUACAGGUUGGGGCAUCUUUGUGGAUUACUGUAGAUGGCACUUACCUAUGCAUAACAUAUUUAGUAUCAAACAAAAUGGGGUUGUCCAAGGAUUCAGGGAAAAAAAAGAAUUUUACGGUUUGGCCAAAAACUAAAGAAGUUAUAGCCAAUUCAAAUCGGGCCACAAAGAUGCCCCACGCUGUAAAACUUUCUGUGACCGCUUUCCACAUUUCUUGUCCUCCCUUGGCAGAAAAGAGUGUUGCACGUCAAACUGAGGAGUCCAGCAAAUGGAAUAGACACUUUGCUGUCGGUUUUUUACACUUCGUCUUGAGUUCACAGAGAAGACAGAGAAAAGAUUUCGACACUUGCGUCGAAGAAAAAUCAUACUUUUCGGUUUCCCCAAUCGUACUCUUCCUCAAUCGUCUUUUUCCCCCAACCGUCCAACUUCAGGCAAAUUUACCCAAUUUUCCAGAGCAUUGCCGUUGCCCAGGUACGAAAGAUCUACGAAGACUGCCAAUCAAAUCCAAAGUCCUGCCUAUUUCUUCGUGGGUUCCUAAAGGCCAUUGGCCCGCCGAAAAUCGUCCCCGACUACUCCAAAUGCUCGUACAUGAUAAUGGAAGGUUUUCCGAUUUACUACAUGAAAAUGUUCUACGAUUAUCAUGGGAGUGUGAAGAGGACGGCGGCCAAGUUCAGAGAGGACCUGAAGGAGCUGAUGAAGACGAUCCGCAGCGAGUUGGUGCAUGGAAACAUUUAUGAUGACAAUGCCAAAAAGAUGAUGGUGGAUAUACUGGCUCGAAACACUUUUCAUUUAGUUGAUCACACAUGGCUUGAGGACGCCGAAUUCGACCGGUGGCUUGGCAAUACCACCAAAUUGAUUUUUUUGGCCCGAGACCCGGAAAAGACUGAAUUGAGUGGAUGGAUAGAGGUAGAUGACCUUAUAUUUUAUGGAUAACUUUUUUUAGUUCGAUGCUGCUCAUUCGUGGCAGUCAUUAGCGAACGUGUUCAGUUUCCGUGUCUUGACCUCUCCGUAUUAUGAGCCCGAUUUCUCAGCAGUGUUGCGGUUUUCCGGAGGUGUUUAUGUCGCUGGUCAUGAACUGGGACACAAUUUUGGUGAGUAGCGGCCUCGGAUCAUAGGGAUCCGAGAGAGUAAAACUUGAGCACAACAAACUGUCGUGUACAACAACACGUUAAACUGAGGAGUCCGGUGACCGGAAUAGACCCUUGGCUAUCGGUUUUUCACACAUUGUCUUGAUUUCACAGAGAAGUCAGAGAUAAAACGCGCAAAACGUACCCUUUCGCCCCAAGAAUUCCCCAUUUCUUUCCCGACAAAAGGUUUCUUGUCUCUUUUAUCUUGGCCAAUUGUCAAUCCAUUAUAGCUUGUCUUAGUUUGACGUGAAACGUGUCUCUAUCGAACAAUUUCGAAGAUCCCGGAAUUCAACUUUAGGCCCAAGUGAACUCCUGUUAUAACUUUAGCGACGUGAUCGGCAAAUAUAGUCGAAUAUCUUGACCGUGCCAGCUGAAAGAACGCAUCAAAAAGUUUCAGAUUCCCACUUAAAACUGAAGGGCCGUGGCGCGAAAACUCAUUCUGCUGUUCUCAAAUGCCUUCACCGCUUUUACUCAUCUCAAUGCAAUCCGAAGAAUCCCAAAAUUUGCAUUGAUCCCAAACGCAACAUUAAUGAGAACUUUGCCGACUAUUUUGGCGUUCGUAUGGCCUACCUCGCGUACAAGCGGAUGGUCAGCAGAGAGGGAGUCCAAAAUCGACCGCGUGGGAAACAGCUCGACCAAUUUUCCGACGAUCAACUGUUCUUCAUCAAUCUGGCGCAGACGAUGGCGCGUUUGCCGGACUGGAAGAUUCACGAUCCCAGGACAGACGAUCAUUCGCCUGCCAGUGUCCGUAUUUGGGGCUCGUUGGCCGGGUUGAAGGCGUUUUCGAACGCCUUUGGUUGCAAGGCUGGAAGUAACUACCAUAAAGUCGAUUAUUGCAAAUUGUACCGCGAUGCGGUUGAGCCGGAUUAUAAGCUGAGCGACAAUUAG